UAAAACCCCCCUCACAUCCUCUCUCUCUUCAUAACAUUUCCAAUCCAUCCAACAUAUUCUUCAGUUAGCUCCCCCAACCUAUACACUUCACCACCACACCACAACCCUACCCUCUCUCUCUGUCAUGGUCAUUGGAGGAGCCUUCCCUCGUUUCGACCCAAUCACCAAAUGUAGCACCCAAGACCGCUCCAACCAGACCAUCGCCUCGGACCUCGAUGGCACCCUCCUUGUCUCCCGGAGUGCCUUCCCCUACUACUUCCUCGUCGCCCUCGAAGCCGGCAGCGUCUUCCGAGCCCUCCUUCUCUUAACCUUCGUCCCCUUCGUCUACUUCACGUACUUCGUCCUCUCCGAAACCCUAGCCAUCAAAACCCUAAUCUUCAUAACCUUCGCGGGGCUUAAACUAAAAGACGUCGAGCUCGUGUCCCGCUCCGUGCUGCCGAGGUUCUACGCCGAGGACGUGCACCCCACCACGUGGCGCGUGUUCAACGCGUUCGGGGGGAGGCGGUGCAUUGUCACGGCGAGCCCCCGGGUGAUGGUGGAGCCGUUCGCGAAGACGUUUCUCGGCGCGGAUACGGUGCUCGGGACAGAGCUGGUGGUGACGGCGUCGGGGAGGGUUACGGGGCUCGCUAAGGAGCCUGGUGUGCUUGUUGGUGUUCACAAGAAGGAGGUGAUAUUGAAGGAGUUUGGAACCAACUUGCCUGAUUUGGGACUUGGAGACAGUGUAACGGACAUGAACUUCUUGUCAAUUUGCAAGGAAGGAUACAUGGUGCCAAGGAUCAAGUGUGAGCCACUACCAAGAAACAAGCUUCUAAGCCCAAUAAUUUUCCAUGAGGGCCGUUUAGUUCAAAGGCCAACACCUCUAAUGGCACUCUUGACCUUCCUAUGGAUGCCAAUUGGCAUAAUCCUCUCCAUCCUAAGGGUCUAUCUCAACAUCCCUCUGCCAGAAAGACUUGCUUGGUACAACUACAAGCUUCUUGGAAUAAGGGUCAUUAGGAAGGGUACCCCUCCACCCCCAGCAAAGAAGGGCCAAAGUGGAGUCCUAUUUGUAUGCAACCACAGGACAGUUUUAGACCCUGUGGUUACAGCUGUUGCAUUAGGAAGGAAAAUUAGCUGUGUCACAUAUAGCAUAAGCAAAUUCACUGAAAUAAUUUCACCAAUCAAAGCUGUGGCACUCUCUAGGGAGAGGGACAAAGAUGCUGCCAACAUCAAGAAGUUGCUUGAGGAAGGGGAUUUGGUGAUUUGCCCUGAAGGCACCACUUGUAGAGAGCAAUUCCUCUUGAGGUUCAGUGCCCUCUUUGCUGAGCUAACCGAUAGAAUUGUCCCGGUCGCCAUCAACACCAAGCAAAGCGUGUUCUACGGGACAUCGGUUCGCGGCCACAAGCUGUUGGAUCCUUAUUUUGUAUUCAUGAAUCCCAUGCCAACUUAUGAGAUCACUUUCUUGAACCAGUUGCCUGCAGAACUCACCUGCAAGGGAGGGAAAUCUGCGAUCGAGGUCGCAAAUUAUAUUCAGAGGGUUCUUGCAGGGACUCUCGGGUUUGAGUGCACCAAUUUGACUAGGAAGGACAAGUAUGCCAUCCUUGCAGGAACAGACGGUACUGUUCCAUCUAAGAAGAGUAGUUGAAAUUGGAGAGAGACAAAGUAAAUUAAUCAAUCAAUCCCUUCUUUUGAUUAUCUCUAUUGAUCUCUCAAGUUGUUUUCCAAAGCGAUUAGAAUUAUUAGAGUAAUAAAGACUGAUUGUGUUUAUUCCCCCAUAAAAAAUACAGUUUAUGUAUAUUGUUAUUAUGAUAAAUACAAAUUAUAGUUUAUGUUAUAUCGUCAGUCCUGAAAUUUCUGUUAGACUUCUUUUUUUUUUUUGCAUAGUGGUUAUGAGUAUCUUUUUUGCUACAAUGUAUGAUAGUUAUGACAAGUAUAGUACUACAGAUGGAUGUUUGUGAUUAUAAGGUACCAGCAAUAAAGGCAUUGGUUUGGUUCCUUCA